GAUAUACACACAAAUUCGUCGAGCAGUUUGUUUUACUGACAAUCUCCCCAAAUAUGACCUCAUAGGAUGUUUAAAACAUAUUUACGAAAGGCGUAGGCGGCUGGACACACCCGAGCCUGGCUGACACAACUUCGCCUGUUUACACCACCUCACCAGAUCCUUAUCGAUGUCUGCGGCCACAGUGAUAUUGCAACUGGGAAUGUUUAAUAAUCUGAAGUACGCAGUCACACUGGCUUCAGUCUGCUUUGUAGGAUAGCCUGCUUCUUAAGCUCCCACUGAGACUCUUGUCCGCCUUCCUGAAGAAGACUGUGUGAAUGCCUUGUGUUUUGAAGUCUAUGAAGUCUAGAUGCAACAGAUAAUAUGCAAAGGCAAAAUCUGGUCUUUGAAAUUAUGUGUGCUCCUCGUUCCCUUCUCCUCCCGGCCGUGAUCAUCGUAUGUUAUUUUAUGACGGGACCGUACAAUUGCGUGGGCGCCCUGAAGAAGGUCUCCUGCGAUGUGCAAGAUGGCCGAGCUGACUGCAGCCACCUCAGCCUCAGUGCAGUCCCUCCAAACCUUCCCAGGAACAUCACCACACUGGAUAUGUCUCACAACCGAUUGAAGGGGAUUCCUCCUGUGUCACUAAUCCCAUACCCAGGCCUCCUCCACCUUGAUGUCAGUUACAACAGUAUCAGCAAGCUGGACAAGGGUUUGUGCCAGACACUGUCUCUGCUGCAGACACUGAAUAUGGAACACAAUCAAGUGCUUUUGCUGAAGAAGGAGGACGUGAGCCAUUGCACCAAUCUAACACGGUUGAUUCUGGCUAGUAAUAGGCUAAAGCUACAAGGAGAGCCCUUCUCUGCACUACAGAGCCUGAAGUUUCUUGAUGUUUCCAUAAACAAACUGCAGUCAGCCAAGCUCGGCUCUCAGCCUCAACUGCCCAGCCUGGUGAACCUCAAUCUGGCAUUCAAUGAGUUCACCACCCUGAAGAAAGAUGACUUUUCCUUCCUUAACCAUUCAUCCUUUCUACAUGUCCUCAACCUGUCAUCCGUGUCUCUAAAAACAUUGGAGGCUGGUUGCUUUAAGCCCAUUUCAAGCCUACAUACUUUAAUCAUGGAUGGGAGCAAUAUGGGCACUCUGGUUAUUUCUAAACUCUGUUCAGAGCUGUCAGGGACAGCCAUUGAUGCCCUGUCUCUUCGGAAUAUGAAGCUGGUCACACUCACAAAACCAACCUUCAAAGGGCUACAGAAAACAAAUCUAACCUUUCUGGAUCUGUCCCAUAAUGGCAUGGGUAAAAUUGAAGAAGGCUCAUUUCAGUGGCUGUCCACACUUCAGACUCUAAUUUUGGCAGACAACAACAUUAAGCACCUGACCAAGGACACAUUUCAGGGACUCAAAAGUCUGAAAAAACUCCAGUUGACAAAAGCUCUGGUGAAAAGUAAAACCUCUGCCACUCCAAUUAUUGAUGAUUUCUCCUUCCAACCAUUAAGUACCCUGGAGAGUUUGAUAUUACAGAGAACUGCAAUUCGGGAAAUUACGGAGCACACGUUUACAGGCUUGACAAGUCUUAAAGAACUUGAUAUGAGCUGGAGUCAUUAUACCUCACUCAGAAACAUCACCAACAAGACCUUAGUCUCACUUGCGGGAUCACCUCUCAGAAAGCUAAAUCUGACAGGAACAGAUAUAACACAGAUUAAUCCUGGAAGCUUCUCCGUUUUGAAAAACCUCACCACUCUUCUUCUAGAUUUUAACUUUAUCAAACAAACUCUCACUGGCAAAGAGUUUGAAGGCCUGGAUAAAGUUCAAGAGAUUCGCAUGUCCAAUAACCACCAGACUGUCAAUCUAAGCUCCAUGUCGUUUGCUAAUGUGCCCAAUCUUAGGAUCCUGACUUUGGGAAAAAGUCUUAAAGCCACAGCCUUGAACCUGGAUCCCUCUCCAUUCAGUCUCCUGACCAACCUCACCUUCCUGGAUCUCAGCAACAACAACAUUGCUAACAUCAAAGAGAAUAUGGUGGAGGGGCUUGUGAACCUGAAGGUGCUGAAGCUCCAACACAAUAACUUAGCCCGUUUUUGGAAGAGUGCCAACCUAGGUGGGCCGGUGUUGUUUCUCAAAGGGGCACAGAGCUUGAUAAGCUUACAGCUGGAUAGUAACGGGCUGGAUGAGAUCCCAGCAGAGGCUCUGAGAGGGUUGAGUAACCUUCGUGAGCUAAGCCUGGCCAACAAUCUCCUUAAUAGUCUUAAGGACUCAAUUUUUGAUGAUCUGAACUCACUGCGGGCUUUAUAUUUACAGAAGAAUCUGAUCACAACUGUGAGGCCCGAAGUGUUCAAAACUCCUAUGAGCAACCUCAGCCUGCUUGUCAUGGGCAAAAAUCCAUUUGACUGCACAUGUGAGAGCAUCCUGUGGUUUGUGACAUGGUUGAAUAGCACAAAUAUGAGCAGUGUGCCAGGUCUCAGGGAGCAGUAUAUGUGCAACACUCCACUAGCUUACUUUAACCACUCUGUCAUGGAUUUUGACACCCUCUCUUGCAAAGAUAUGACCCCAUUUCAGGCUCUUUACAUACUGAGCAGCACAGCUGUUAUCAUGCUGACAGUAACUGCACUUCUGGUGCGGUUCCAUGGCUGGAGGAUUCAGUUCUAUUGGAACAUACUGAUCAAUCGGACAUUAGGAUUUAGUGACGCCAAAGUUGAAGAGGGCAGGGAAUUUGAGUAUGAUGCUUACAUCAUACAUGCAGAGGAAGACAGCAACUGGGUGGAGAGAAGGUUGGUCCCUUUAGAGAAGGGAAAGUGCCAGUUUUGUUUGGAGGAUCGAGAUUUCGUCCCUGGCACGUCAAAGCUUGAAAGCAUUGUGCAUAAUAUGAGAAGGUCCAGAAAAAUCUUGUUUGUCGUCACUGAAAUUCUUCUCAACGAUCCCUGGUGUAGACGAUUUAAAGCCCAUCAUGCACUUCAUCAGGUCAUUGAAGCCAGCAGGGACGCUGUGGUUCUGGUAUUCCUGCAGGAUGUUCACGACUACAAGUUAUCUCGCUCACUCUUCCUCCGCAGGGGCAUGUUGCGUUCAUGCUGCAUCCUGGACUGGCCUGUCCAUAAGGAGAGGGUGCCGGCCUUUCACCAGAAGCUCCUCAUAGCACUUGGCAUGACUAAUCGAUUGCAGGAGUGACUGUAUUCCACUGGUAAUAAUGGAAAAUUCCCUUUGUAAUAAUAAUUACCUAUGUAAGUUAAAUUAUUACGAAUUGCUGCCAAUUGCUUAUUGUUUUACCCUCUGUGUGAAUAUUGUACUUAUAUAUGUACUGCACUCUGUAUCAUGUGUCGUAUUUACAUUGCAUUGCAGCUUUACAUCAGCCAAAAUUCCAAUAAAACACAAGUAUUUCAACUAGAA